UCCGCAAUCGUGAUCAAAUCCAAUCUCUAUUAAAUCCGGGUAAUAAAUCCGAGCGUACGGCAGCACCUGUAGAAAACGUAAAGGAGCAGCAGACGCACUCCUCUGCAAGCAAGCAAGCAAGCAAACCUUCUCGGCGAUGGAGGUCGCGAUGUCGAGGACGAAGGAGGCGUCGCGCCUCUGGUUCGCCGGAUUCGCCGACGCCUGCUGCCUCCACCGCGUCGUCGCCCUCUGCCUCAGGUCGAAGAAGCUGUCGAUCAGGACGGGGCAGUGCUUUCUCCUCAACGGCUUCAUCUUCCUCGGCAGCAUUGUUCUCUUAAAAUCGCUUGUCAUUCCUACACUUGAGUGGAUAUUGCCUGAGAACUGCUCUCAGAUUACUUCUCAAGAUUCUUGUCCAUUUUCUCGUGUUUUAAGGCUCUACUCCUUCCUACGUUCAGCACUUGUACAACUAUUUUAUGUUUUCUGGUUCUACCCGUUGUACAUAUUUAGCAUCAUUUUGAGCACCAUGUGGUACAAUGACAUAGCUAAACAUGGAUUUGCUGCAAUGGAAGAGCAACCCUCAAACCAAAAUGAGGCUGUGGCCUUGGAAAGUACGACUGAAAAGGAAAACCUUGUUGAUCUUGGAGGGGUGAUGAUCGGAAUUGGAGAGCAGGUGUAUUCAAUACUGCUCCUGACCUUCUUCUUCCUAGAGGUUUAUGCUCUAGGUUUUGUUCCCUAUAUUGGAAAGACACUUAGUUUUUUCCUGCUCUCCUGGCUGUAUGCUUAUUACUGUUUUGAGUACAAAUGGAACUUUACUGAAGUUAGUCUGGACAAGAGACUGGACUUCUUUCAAUCCAACUGGGCAUUCUUUGCUGGUUUUGGUAACCCCUGUGUUCUGGCUAGUUUCUUUUUCUCUCCUCUAGUGGGCUAUGGUGUUAUGGCUAUACUUUUUCCAUUGUUUGUGCUGACAGCUACUAGCUCAAGGGCUGAGCAAGCUAUUUUUAAAGGAAGAAAAGAGAAAGAUGCUGGAUUAGGAAGGCUUCCACUAUUUUAUGCAGCUGAUACAUUUUCGAUGUGGGUCUUGCAUCUUCUUAAUUUGGAAUCUUGGGAGCAAGUGCAAGAGAAGAAGAUGCACUAGAAAGGUUUGAUCGCUGCUGACAUAAAUUGUAGCCCGCAAGGUCAAGGUAUGGAUGAUCAUCUGAUGCUAAAGAGUUUGUACAUAUUUGUUACAAGAUCCUCCUGGAGCAUAACAUUUCCACGAAAGUCAUAUUUGUUAAUGAACUGGGUGGUCUACAACAGCGCUGUUGCGUUCAUCCUCGAUGCUAUUAACAAAUACGUUUAUGUAAAGCACUCAACUGUAAAUUCUUGCUGAUAUGUGAAAUUCCCCAGUGAAGGACGACAUGUUGUUCGUCCUUUGAAUUGCACAACGUAUCUUUGUUAAGUUGCAUUGGACUGUACAGCUUUUCUAAUUUGGUCCUGAUUUCAUAAUACUAUUUACUGUAAGGAUCCUCAGUAUUUGUUGGUGUAGAAGGCGGUUCCUCUUGUA